AUGGGCGCCAAGGAUGCGCUCUGCAAGAUUAAGGACAUGGACUUCGGGUUGCCGGACACCCUCGCGUACUACUCACCCGAGGACUUCAAGGCAGGCUUCCCCAAAAGCAUCGCCUUCCGUCCUCGUGUCGUGAAGCAGAACAGGGGCUCUGCAGGUGAAGGAAUCUGGAUUGUCAAGUUGAAGUCUGAAACUUAUUGCAACGCGCCGGGUGAUCGUGUUUGCUCGAUGGAUGAGCCCUUAAUCUUGAUGGAGGCCAACGACAAUCAUGUGGAAGAGCACACCGUGGCUGAGUUCAUCGAGUUUUGUGUCAAUGGCCGCAGUGAGAAGUCCGGGACCUGGAGCUCCCAAGGCUCCGGGAAGUACUUUGAAGCUGGAGGCCAGAUGGUGGAUCAGCGUUAUUUGCCGGGGAUUGAGGAGGGUGAAUCUCGCUUCUUUAUGGUCGGCAAGCAGUUGUACAACAUCGAGCACUACGUGUACAUCGGCGGCGUUGGGGGUGAGACGAAGACUACAAUCUACCCACCGGAUGCUCCGCAAUAUGCUGAGACCAAAAAGAAAUUGGAAGGUGAAGUGGAACUCUAUUUGGAAGCUUUGGGUCUCGGUAUGGAUUCUUUGCCUCUUUUGUGGGCAGUCGACUUCAUUCCGAUCAAGGAUCACAAGUUUCCCUUGACCAUCGGCGAGUUCAAUUGCUCUUGCCUUGGCAUUUCGGCCUUUCUCAAGGCCCGCGGGGGCACCUUGUCGCAAUGCUCUGUGGAGAACAUUGCGGCGGGGCAAGAGAUGUGCAACUUCAUCGGGGAAAAGGCGCGGGAGAUCCUCGACUUGCAAAGAUCAGUCAAGCGCUACGGCUACCCUGUUUUGCCACUGCCAGUGGCUUGCGCGGUCAGUGAGCUGAGUGAAGAUGACUUUGGCUCCCCAACUGUUGUAGCAUGGUAG